UUAGCUCGAAUAGGAAAAUGUAUAACGGCGCUGUGGGAUUUGGAAAGCAGAAGUCUGCAAAACCAAGGAGCCCACUGGAACACUGGAAGACGAGCAGGAAAAACAAUGGAAAAGGGGAGCUCUCCAAGUCACCACCACCCACCCCUUCUUUUACCUGCACCGAGUAAUUAACUUGGGUUCUUCGAAUUCACUCAGUCACAGGGCUUCAGUGAAGGAUCAUCGAUCAUCAUCAUGUGGAGGUUCAUGGGAGGAAGAUUUAGUAGAUCAACAAGGUGCAUGUCAAGCUCAAGCAGGGCCUUUGGAUGGUGGGAGCAUGUGAGCCCAGCUCCUAAGGACCCCAUCACUGGUGUAACCGAGGCUUUUCUUGCUGACACCAACCCCAACAAGAUCAAUCUUGGAGUGGGAGCUUACAGGGACGAUCAGGGGAAACCAGUUGUUCUUCAAUGUGUUCGAAAUGCGGAGGCAAAGAUUGCUGCUUGCGAGUUCCCGGAGUCAAAUGCUACUGCAGUGGCUUCAAAGUUGGUGGAGGAGAGUGUGAAACUGGCUUAUGGAACACAUGCCCAUGUCGUAAAAGAAGGGAGGGUUGCUGGACUUCAAGCCCUCUCUGGUACUGUGCGUGUCGUCUCUUUGCUGAGCUUCAGAGGCGUUUCUAUCCUGGAUCACCAAUUUAUUUACCUUAUCCAACUUGGUCCAACCACCACAAUAUAUGGAGAGAUGCCCAAGUUCCAGAAAGAGGCUUCCGGUACUACAAUCCCAUUACAAAGGGUUUAGACUUCGCAGCUCUCAUGGAUGAUGUCAAGGUAUAAGAGCCUACCUGGGCUUGUUAGAU